AAUAAUAAUAAUAAUAAUAACAAAAUUAGUUGCUUUGUAAUGGUCAUAUUGAACAUGUGACGAGUGAAAUAAAAUAAAAUUGUUAAUUACACAACUUUUUACAUAUUAAUGCAUGUACAUAUUAAUCAUCAUCAUUAUUUAUUUAUUUUUAUUUUUAAAUUAAUAGAUAGAAGUAAAGUGUCAGCUAUUAAUGGAGAGAGGAGGGACUGUCAGUUAUUAACUGGAUUAAUUAGAUUAUUAGGAGGUCCUUAUUUAUUAAUUGGUACUCAGCACAGGUUGGUAGGUAUCAUUAACGGAAACAAGAUAUAUCACAUGACUCAUUAUGAUGUCAUACCAUUUGUUAAGAGCACACUCCAUUUAACACAAUCACAGGAAAGGGAUAAUCGUGUCUACCUACCCAUAUAGAAAAAAACCAGGGUUGUAGCAUGAUUGUGGCAGCCUUGCAACAACUUGGUUGUCACUACCUGGUCACAACAAAAAUUAAAAUUCUCUGCUUUCUUUCUUUUUUGAGAAAAAAACCUCAAGUUGAUAUUUUUACGGGAAAUUUUGGUUUGGCAAAUCGGCAAAUUUUGGUGAUUGGUGAAUUUUGAUUUGGUAAAUUUGUGGCCACGUGCCAUUGAGCAUGUGUAUAAUGGCUCAAAAUGGCGGAUGUUAAUUUUGGUAAAUGGCUAUGAAAACGCCAAAUUUGCCAAAUUUAAUUCCCUCCAAAAUUUCUGCUGUACAGUAUAAUGAUGAAUUAGUAAUCCAACAAAAGCGACAUGUACUUUUGUCAAUUAUAGUCACAUAUAUUACAAGUUACCAUGUGACUGUCACAU